AUGGACAUCAGAUUGAAAUAUCGUCAUUUAAGACCUGCAAAUAUGAAGGCACUGAAUGAUGAGUUUGGAAAAAUAACUAAGGACAGUAACGAAUUGGAGGAUAAACUUUCGAUUUUGGCGAAAUCAAGAAAGUCUUUGCACACUGCUCAGAUGUAUCGGACUCAUUUUACUAUUUGGCUUGAUGCUUGGCGUAAACUUCAAGAUUCCUUUCGGAGUAUUUAUUCGGAUUUACGGUCCUCUGUUUACAGCAAUUCAGAUCUUAAUUCAUUUAGCUGGACUGAUUCUGGCUUGUCUCUCUCCCAGUUUGUCGAUCUUCAAUCCAAAAUUAGCAAUUCAGCUGGGUUCGAUAAAUAUUGUCGGGCCUCUCUUCGCGAUGCUAAUGUUGAAAUCGACAAUGAGUACUUUAAAUUGCUUCAAUUGGAGUCUGAUAUCAAUGAUUUUCAGUUGGCCUCCCGAUUGGAUACAUUCACGUGGGUUCGUAAGGACAACAACAACAGUACUGAUGAUAAAUGUUGUGGAAUUCCAUCUGAAGCUUGGGAAUGGACUACUCACGAUGAGUUCUUUAGGGCUGAUCUUCUCUCGGAGUUCGUUCAUCUUGAUAGCUCGUACUUUUGCAGAUUGGAUAAAAUUAAAUCAGAUAUAUUGGAUCUAGAGCAUAAUUAUGAUAUUUAUGCAUGGAAACAGAAUGAUUUCGUGCUCACUGAGUACAUUUAUGAAGUUUAUAACUCCUCUAAUCCUUCGAGGUGCCGUCAGCAUUGCAUUGAUUUUCUAAAUCGCAUACCUAGUCUUGGCCCAAAGAAACCGCAUGCACAGUUGCUCGACUUUUUUCGAGAGCAUGACAUUUUGAAAACGAAGUUGGAGGAUACUCUACUCUCAUGGACGAGAGCAAAACAGGAGCUUGCAGAUAGAAUUCAAAUUACUCUUGAAGACGCUUUGGAAGAGCAUCAAAAAAGAAGUGAGGGUAAAAUGAACGCUGAAAAACAGAGAUUGACUUGCCAAUUGCUCGCUGAGAAAGUCCAAAAGUGGAGAAAAGAAAAAGACGAACUCGUAGAAUUGGAAUAUCGAGUUAAAGAAGCAAAUAGAAUUACUGAAAGGGAAAGGGGGAUGAAGAAACAGGAGAGAGAAGAGAAACGAAGACAAAACAUUAAGAAUAAGGUAAGCAUUGUUUUCCCCAACAAAUAUGAAUUAGUUUUACUAAUUUCUAAAACGCAUUUUUAUUUGCCUGCAUUACCAACAAAUGAUUGA